AUAACAUUAUUUGGGGCAUAAACAAAUUAUUAAAUUUUUAUGUGUUGAAUGUUUAUAAUUAAUGUGUGAAAGAGAUGCAGUAAAAGAAUCAUAUCGUUUGCAAAUAUUUAUUCUCACCACCUUAUAUUUGCUUGUUAAACCGGCUAAAUGCACGCGCAACGAAUAAUAAUAAUACAUCCUGGUUCCCUUUACUUAAGGAUAGGAAGAGCAUCUGAUCUUAAUCCUAUUACGCUUCUCCAUGCAGUAGCUUAUCGAAGACGGAAUAAUAAAAGUUCUCAAGAGCAUAAAGAUGCUCUGCUACCCCAUGUUCAAAAUUCAACUGAUACUCUUGCUGAAUUUGAGGAGCAACGACUGCAGGUGUCUCAUUCCAUACAGUCUUAUGCGCCUCCCAAUGAAACUAAUGAACGUAGUGCCAAACGGUUAAGGAUUGCUACGCCACCGCAACAAAUAGCUACAUUCAACAGACGCAGUAUUCCAGAGUGUAUUGCAGAAGGAGAGAACUGUGAACGCAUCAAAAAUAAAAGCAAUAAUUCUAUAGAAUGUGAAAAGCUUUUCGAUAAGGAUAUAUUAAUGUUAAGAGAAGAAGAAACCUAUGCUUACAACAUUCAUUUUCCUAUGAGGCGUGGUGAACUCAAUAUUCAUAAAGGUGUGGGAGGUUCAACUGCCGCUGUUAUAUCUAAUAUGGAAACUAUUUGGUCAUAUGCGCUGAACGAACACUUAAAUAUUAAAAGAGAUUCACUACCUCAAUACAGCGCUGUGCUUGUAACAUCAGAUAUCUAUAAUCGUAGUCAUUUACGUGAAUUGACUACUUUGCUCUUACAACGCUUGAGGUUUCGCUCAUGUUUCUUAUUACAAGACCAUGUGGCUGCGACUUUUGGUGCUGGUCUCAGUUAUGCUUGUGUUGUUGAUAUUGGUGAUCAAAAAUGCUCAAUAUCUUGCGUUGAAGAUGGUAUUAGCCACCCAGAAACACGAGUACGCCUAUCCUAUGGUGGUGGGGAUGUAACACAAGUAUUUUUAAAUCUGCUGCGCAAGUGCAGCUUUCCAUAUAAGGAAUGUGACGUCGAGAAGGACUAUGCUGAUGCCGCGUUAUUGAUGAAUUUAAAAGAACGUUUCUGUCACCUUACGUUGGACGUGUGUGGUGCACAGGAAAGAAGUUUCGAGGUAAAGAAAUGGAACAAACGUAUGAAAUAUACACUUCAGAUUGGUGACGAGUGUGUGGUAGCACCACUAUCUCUCUUUCAUACAGAACUUUUUAAUAUUACUGGCAAAUUGAAACAGGCAUUUGUUCAGUUACGAAGUAGCCAACAGCCGGAUCCAGAGGAUUGUUUCGAUGCCGAAUAUAUCCGAGAAACUGGACGUCGAAAUGGUGGGAGAGACCAAUUACUUGAAGGCUCGUUACCAGUGACAGGAGAAGCAGCGGAAGAUGAUUUAGUUGUUGACGAUGUCGUAGAACGUGACAAUAAUAUUAAGACUAGUGAUAAGGAUGAACUUUUGUACAUGGUCAAUGGUCAGAUUAUGCCCAUUGAUCAGGCUAUAGUGCGCUGCAUCGAACGAUGUGCAACAGAAGAGAUUAAACGUAAAAUGUAUAGUUGUAUAUUACUCGUCGGUGGCAGUACAAAAUUUUCAGGUUUUGCAAAAUGGUUGGAGCAACGUGUUACGCUGCAGUUGGCGUCUACGUCGACUUCAUAUUCAGCAUUUGAGAUUAAUGCAUUCAGUAAAGAAAUGGAUGCAGGAAUGAUAGCUUGGAAAGGGGCAGCAAUAAUGUCUUGUUUGGAGAGUGCACCCGAGUUAUGGAUUUAUGCUGGAGAAUGGGAGAAGUAUGGCUUGCGCAUCUUGCGUGAAAAAGCUCCGUUUAUUUGGUAAAUAGAACUGAACUCGGAAAACAACUAAUAUAUUUUGUAUUUUUUCUAUAUAUGUACAUACACAAAAAAUUAUUUUAUUUUUACCUUAUU